UUGCUCUACUGCUCUCAGGAGGAGGCCGAGCAGGUGUUCCAGGCGGCCUGGGCGGCGGGUCAGGCCGGAGCCUCUAACAUGUGGUUCGCGGUGGGGCCGGCGCUGUCCGGGCUCGGCCUGGAGGGCCUCCCCAAGCGUCUGUUCGCCGUGCGGCCCCAGGGCUGGCGCGACGAGCCCCGCAAGCGGAUCGCACAGGGCGUGUCCGUCUUGACCCACGGAGCGGUGGCACUGCGCAAAGACACCGGGGGGACGAACUUUGUCACCAACUGCCAGACAGACGCCAACAGCACACACAGAGUGUAUGGGAGGGUGAAGUACUUCAACAACAUCACCCUCGCCGGGCGGGACUACUCUUUCAACAACGAGGGCUACCUGGCCAACCCGUCUCUCGAUGUCAUCUCCUACAACUCGGACCGAGGUUGGGAGGACGUAGGAUCGUGGGAGAACGGAGCGCUGCGGCUGCGCUACCACACGCUGUCCCGCUACGGCAAGUUCCUGCAGCCGCCCGACGACGCCCAGCACCUGCACGUGGUCACCCUGGAGGAGCGUCCGUUCGUCAUCGUGGAGCUGGCCGACGCCGCCUCGGGGACCUGCAUCCGAGACUCCGUCCCGUGCCGCCGCUCCCUCAACGCCAGCUCCCUCCAGGAGGGGGUGGCCCCCGUGAAGCAAUGCUGCAAGGGCUUCUGCAUCGACAUCCUCAAGCGCUUGGCCCGGAUUGUGGGCUUCACCUACGAUCUCUACCUGGUUACCAAUGGGAAGCACGGGAAGAAGAUCGAUGGCGUCUGGAACGGCAUGGUGGGAGAGGUGGUGUAUAAGCACGCUGACAUGGCCAUCGGCUCGCUCACCAUCAACGAGGAGCGCUCACAGGUGGUGGACUUCUCAGUACCUUUUGUGGAGACGGGCAUCAGUGUCAUGGUCUCCCGUAGCAACGGCACAGUCUCUCCUUCUGCCUUCCUCGAGCCUUACAGUCCAGCUGUGUGGGUGAUGAUGUUUGUCAUGUGCCUGACGGUAGUUGCGGUGACCGUCUUCAUCUUUGAGUUCUUCAGCCCCGUCGGCUACAACCGCGAUCUUCAGAGUGCCAAAAAACCUGGGGGCUCUAAGUUCACAAUAGGGAAGUCCAUCUGGCUCCUGUGGGCUCUGGUAUUUAACAACUCUGUGCCUGUGGAGAACCCCAAGGGCACCACCAGUAAGAUCAUGGUACUGGUCUGGGCCUUCUUCGCUGUUAUCUUCCUGGCCAGCUACACUGCCAACCUGGCUGCCUUCAUGAUCCAAGAAGAGUACAUUGACACAGUGUCUGGCCUUAGCGACAGGAAGUUUCAACACCCCACAGAGCAGUACCCCCCUCUGCAAUUUGGUACGGUUCCCAACGGCAGCACGGAGAAGAACAUCCGCAGCAAUUACCCAGACAUGCACCAGUACAUGGUCAAAUAUAACCAGAAGGGCGUGGAGGAGGCCAUCGUCAACCUCAAGACUGGGAAGCUGGACGCGUUCAUCUACGACGCGGCCGUGCUCAACUACAUGGCCCGGAAGGACGAGGGCUGCAAGGUGAUGACCAUCGGGUCGGGGAAGGUGUUCGCCACCACGGGCUACGGCAUCGCCCUCAUCAAGAACUCCCGCUGGAAACGCCCGCUGGACCUGGCCCUGCUGCAGCUGGUGGGAGACGAUGAGAUUGAGAUGCUGGAGCGCCUCUGGCUCUCGGGCAUCUGCCACAACGACAAGAUCGAGGUGAUGAGCUCCAAGCUGGACAUCGACAACAUGGCGGGCGUCUUCUACAUGCUGCUGGUGGCCAUGGGCCUGAGUCUGCUGGUGUUCGCCUGGGAGCACCUGGUCUACUGGAAGCUGCGCCACUGCAUGAGCGACAUGGGUCAAUCUGGCAAGCUGGACUUCCUCCUGGCCUUCAGCAGGGGCAUGUACAGCUGCUGCAGCUUUGUGGACGAGACGGUGCAGAGCGUGUCCAAAGUCACCGUCCCCUCCCAUCACCACGCCUCGGUGGUCCAGGCCCAGCCUCCCUCCCACAUCAUCCCUGCAGCGGUGGCCAAUCCGGCCAUCAGCCUGGCCCAGCAGCAGCAGCAGCAGCAGCAGCAGGCCCCUCCUCAGCCACCACAGGGGCCCCCUCCGUCGUACAAGACCCCCCUGCCCGGCUCCCCUCCCACUGGGGUGCACGGCGGGGCGGGCUUGGGCCCCUCCAACCCUCCCCUCAUGGGCGCCCCACUGCCUUGCUCCACCUUCCUGCCGCGGCCUGACCGCAGGCUGGCCGUGGUGGACCGCUGGAGGCUGCCCAAAACAGCGACCGCUCCCGCGCCCCUGGGGGUGAGGGCGGCCAUGACCGAGAUGCCGCCUUACCCCCAGAAGGUGCCCUUGCCCACAGCGUGGACUGGACCUCCAGGAGGGGGCGCAGGGGCGGCGGGAGCCGGGCUGGACGGAUAUAAGCGCUAUUACGGACCCAUUGACCCGGAGGGACUGGGGCCCUGUGUGGAGCAGCAGACAGGCUCCCAGACCCCCAAAACAAUCCCCAGGGGGGGUCAGGGGAAGGGGGUGAAGCCUUUGGGGACCCCCCGGCUGCCUGGCAAGGUCCAGACCCUCGGCCCGCUGGCCCCUAACCCUCCACUGCCGCACCCCUCUCCCCCUCUCCCCUCAUCCUUCUGGAGGAAGCGGCGGCCCAAGAAGCCCAAAGAGCCGGGGGGCCCCCUGUACGAGAACAUCCUGCCGCUGGGCCGUCGGGGCGGGAGCCGGGACGGGGCGCGGGAGCCGGGGGGCAGGCGGGGUCGGCCCUCGCCCCCUCUCCCAAUCCCCGUGCCUGUUCCACUGUCCCCUACGUACACGCCUCCGUCGCCCUCGCCCUCGCUCCCGUACACCUCCACCUCCUCCACCACCUCCACCUCCAGCACCUCCUCCACCACCUCGGCCUCCUCCUCGCGCUCCACCUCCCCGUCCUCCACCUCCACCACGUCGUCGCCCAGCACCCGGGACCGCGACGUCGAGGACGAGGAGGAGGAGGAUCUGGACGAGCUGACCGAGGAGUCCAGCCUGCUGCAGGGACACACCACCAAGAGGGACCGGGAGCGCUCGCUCCUGUCGCCGCGCUCGCUCACCCACGGGCCGCCGCCGCCCCCCAUACCCCCGCGCAAGCCUCGCCCGCCCAAGGGAGAGAGGGAGCGCGAGAGGGAGAGAGAGAGGGAGCGCGAGAGGGGCGGCAGCCAGCUGACACAGCUGCAGGAGUGGUGGGCGGGCUGGGGCGAGAGAGAGCGCGACCGCAGCGGCGACACCUCCGACCGCCGGCGCGACAAGAAGCGCAGGAAAGACCGCGAGAAAGAGCGGGAGAAGAAGAAGAAGAAGAAAAAGAACAAGAAGAGGAAAAAGCGGGAGGAGCGGGAGCGCGAGCGAGAGCGGGAGCGGAAACGGCGCAAGGUGAAGAAGAAGAAGAAGAAAGCCAUGAAGACCAAGCGGAGGAAGAAAUCCAUCGCCAGCAAGCGCUCGGAGCCCGAGGAGGGAGACGCAGAGGUGGAGAGAGAGGGAGAGGGCGACGGAGAGAGAGAGGGGGAGUACUCCUCCUUCUCCACGCAGUACCGCAGCACGUUCGGGGAGAAGAGUCGCGAGGCGGCCUGGGAGGGAGAGAGGGAGCGCGGGGGGAGGCGAGAGGGAGGAGAGGAGGAGGGAGGCGAGCGAGGGGAUGAAAGCGGAGGAAGGAGCCGAGAGAGGAGGAGAAGCAAGAGCUUGCAGUCGCACUCGCAGACGCACUCGCAGUCGCACUCGCGUCCGCGCUCCUCUAGCAAGCGCUACGCCAACCUCAACAAGCUGCCCUCCUCCGUCAAGUUCUGGGUGAGCGGCGGGGGCGGAGGAGGAGCGUCCGGCGCAGAUCCGGCCGCCCCGUCGCCGCCCUCGUCCCUCCACACGCUUUUCCCCUCGGCCAAGCGCCGGCGGAGCAGCGGCGUGGAGCGCGAGUCCGAGGGGCGGGCGGGGGAGCGCCGGCCGCUGCUCAUGCACUACGAGCGGGGCCGGCCGCACACUAGGGAGGGCCUCUCCUUCCACGAGUGGGACUCGGAGGAGGAGGAAGAGGAGAUGGAGGAUGAGGAGGACGACGAGGAGGAGGACGAGGAGGAGGAGGUGCACAGGGAGAGGGCCAGGCGGAGAGUGGAGGGGAGGGUGCGGGGCACGGGGCGCGGCGCGGUGUCCGAGUCCGAGAGGGACAGGGUGAGGGCGGAGGAGAGCUACUCCGACGAGGGAUCGUCCGGCGAGUUCGGCCGCUUCGAGAGGUACUGGGAGGGCGGCGGGGCGGCGCCCGCCAGCGGCAUCGGGGGAGGGGGCUGGUUCUUCGGCACGUACCCGGCCCGGGAGAAGGGCGGCAGCGUCAACAGCCGGGACGACUCCAUCCUGGGCCGCUCGGAGGGGUGGGGCGUGAGCGGGGACUUCUGGGGGGCCGGCGCAGGGGUGGGCUGGGGGGCCGGCGGGGGCAGCGGAGGUCUCGGUGCUCAGUGGCCUCCUCCCCCCGCGGCCCUCCCGCCCCCCCGGCGCUACUGGUCGGUGGACAAGCUGCCCAUGAAGGGCGAGAAGAGGGCCCGCGGCAGGGGCAAGGCCCGCGCCAGGGACCGCGACCGGGAGCUGGACGACGGCGGCGCCUGUGCCCAGUGCGGGCCGCACCCGCACGGCCGCCUGCGCUCCAAGCGUGGCAGCGCGCCCUCGCACAGCCAGGAGGAGCUGCUGCCCCACUGCCACAGCUUCAGCGGGAGCACGCGGCCCAAGCCCUUACCCCCCAAGCCAGACGCGCCCAAAUCCAGCAGCCAGUCCAACCUUAGCACACAGCAGGCCCAGCUCGGGGCGGACCUGGCCUCGCAGCCGUCGCCCUCGCCGCCCCAGCCCCUGCUCUCCCCCAGCGGCAGCGCCUCCCUGCCCAUGCCCAUCCCGCCGCCCCCGUCCUCCGCGUCCGUCUCCCCGCCGGCGGUGCUCUCUCCGGGGCCGGGCGGCUCGUCGGCCCAGGCCUCGGCCAGUGCCAAGCUCCAGUACCAGAGACUGCGCUCGGUGCCCCAGCCCCGGCGCUUCUACUCGCCGCACCUCCCGCUCAAAGCCAAGAGCCUGUGCUCGCGCCGCGGCUCCGCACACUUCUCCAGCCUGGAGAGCGAGGACGAGCGCUACCACAGCGAUGGGGCCGGGGUGGGGGCGGGGAUGGGGUCCGGCUCCUCGGCGUCCGGCUCCUCCUGGGGGAGCCCCGCCAUCCUGCACGUCCGGUCGGAACUGAGCAUCACGAUGUCAUCCUCCGUCCUCCUCUCCUCCAGCGAGAACAGUGGCUAG